UGUACCAUCAAGCAAAAAAUCAUAGUUUGCGUAUCAUAGCUCAAAAACAAAUAAUGAGGUCAUUUAUGCUUGUAAUAAUUUCAAGCCUAUUGUUCAAACAAAUGAGCAUUAUUCUUGCAGAUGUUGGUACUGCUUCUUCUUAUGGUCCUCCAUAUAUACCUACAGCUUGUGAUGGGAAUAGGAGACAGCAGUUUCCACCAGGAAAUAUAUUUGUGGCAGUGAAUGAAGGGUUGUGGGAUAACGGGGCAGCAUGUGGAAGGAGAUACAGAGUAAGGUGUGUGAGUGGAAUCAACAAGCCAUGCAAAGGUGGUAGCAGUAUUGAUGUUAAAGUUGUUGAUUCUAUUACUUGUACAAAAUCCUCAUGCCCCCACACUUUCCACAUGUCAACUGAAGCAUUUGCAGCUAUCUCACGUUUCCCUAAUGCAAAUAUCAAUGUUGAAUACAUUCAGAUAUGAUAUUCCAUCGAGUGGUCAUUGCUGAAUUUUGUAGAAAUUACUGCAAAGGUCAUUAAUGUGUAACACAAAUAUAUGGAAAUGAUUGAAUUAAUACACGAUAUAUAAAUAUAGAGCUUGUAGUAUAUACAUUGUUGUUGUUUAAUAGUGAGAAAGAUUUUGCUUCUCCUAGUAGAAGCUUUAUGUAAAACAUCCAUGCAUUGCCUAUGGCAAAUUAGCAAUAAUUAACAACAGUUGUUACAAUA